AUGGUGUCAGGAUAUGCAACCUGCAGUGAAAAGACAAUCCGGUUGAUACACCCAGCACAUAAAAAGGGAUGGUUUGGAGUAUUUCCACGAACAGAGAAGAAAGAAAAUGAACUUGGUCAGUAUAAAAUGGAAAAGAAGCCCGAUGUGUGUGACAAAACACUAGGAAAUGCUGUCGAUGUGAGUGACCCGAAGCUUACUCGUAUCGAAGUAGUUACACACGGAUCAAGUCUGGUCAUGCAGAGUGACAAUUCCAGCAGUCGGUCACAAGUACUAAAUGUAGAUAGUAUAGAUAGUAUUAAAGCCAUCACAGUUAAAGAGGACACUGAAUCUCACAGAAGUGGAGAACAGACAACAACAGAACAAGAUACCCUUCAGUUCGUCUCAGAUGACGCAGUUCUGGAGGUCGAAGAAAUGACAAGGGUAUCUCGGUACCAUCCUAUAAGCGAACUUAGUCCAGCUACGAAGAAACUGGUGGAACUUGAUGAAAGUAAUGAACUUAUCAAAACACUUAACAAAAGGAGAAAGUCAUCUGUUGAAGGGUCUAUUAGUCAUAUGCAGUCUCAGCUAAUAAGCACUGCAAGAGAAGAGCCUUCGAACUCACAAGAACAAAAAACUGCUAAGGAAGAAAGCUACCUAGAAGAAGGUUCCUUUACCAAUCAAAAUAUUAUUGUAUGAGGAAGUG